CUUUUCACAAGAUGGCGCCGAAAGCGAAGAAGGAAGCUCCUGCCCCUCCUAAAGCUGAAGCCAAAGCGAAGGCAUUAAAGGCCAAGAAGGCAGUGUUGAAAGGUGUCCACAGCCACAAAAAGAAGAAGAUCCGCACGUCACCCACCUUCCGGCGGCCGAAGACACUGCGACUCCGGAGACAGCCCAAAUAUCCUCGGAAGAGCGCUCCCAGGAGAAACAAGCUUGACCACUAUGCUAUCAUCAAGUUUCCGCUGACCACUGAGUCUGCCGUGAAGAAGAUAGAAGACAACAACACACUUGUGUUCAUUGUGGAUGUUAAAGCCAACAAGCACCAGAUUAAACAGGCUGUGAAGAAGCUCUGUGAUAUUGAUGUGGCCAAGGUCAACACCCUGAUUCGGCCUGAUGGAGAGAAGAAGGCAUAUGUUCGACUGGCUCCUGAUUACAAUGCUUUGGAUGUUGCCAACAAAAUUGGGAUCAUCUAAACUGAGUCCAGCUGCCUAAUUCUGAAUAUAUAUAUAUAUAUAUCUUUUCACCAUUAAAAAAAA